UUGCGAACGCCAGUUUUCUGUGCGCCAGCAUAACAAAGCCAUACCUCAAGGUUUGCUGGGAUUGGCGCAGACGCCUCAAAUUGUGCUCAUUGGCUGCCGGGGGUGAUACGUCACUGACUCGACGUCACACGCAAGGCAACCAAUCACAAGAAGACUCUCUUAUCGCCGAGUGAGUCAUGAGGGCAUUGUUUACAUACUGUGGCGCCACAGUCGAGUUUCUAACCAUGGCGCUUCCAUACGUAAAACAUCAGCGGAGGCCAAAAUUCUCUGAAACUGAGGCAUUGACCUUGGUGGAGGAGGUGGAGCGGCGUCGCCACAUAAUUCUAGGAAGGCUGGAGGGAUCAAAAGUGACGGGGGAGAAAAAACAGCGAGCGUGGGAGGAGGUGACAGCUCUCGUCAACGAGGUCAGCCGUGUCGGGAGGACAGAAGAGGAGUGCCGCCGCAAGUUCAAAGACUUACGAAGCCUGGUGAAGGUUAAGGCGGGCAAAGAGCAGAGGCACCUCGCAGGCACCGGUGGGGGACCUUCAGACACCACCAGCUACACAGCUGUAGAGGAGGUGGUGUUAAGGAUGAUGUCCCCUGUGGCAGUCACAGGACUACCACUCCCCGACAGUCAGGGUGCCACAAUGAGGUUGUCAGGUUCUGUGGAGGAACCGCAGCCUUCCACCAGCAGUGGUGUUGGUGUCUCAUUGGGGGACUCCCAAUUUAUUGAAAUUUUCAACUUAGAAGAGAACACCACUAUAAGCUUCACGGAUGCAGCUGCUGGUGAGGUUGCUGCCCGGCCUGCCUCUACCCUCCACCCUGUCGCUUCCCAGCCUGCUGCAACUCCUCAGCCCUUCACUUCCCCCCGGCCUGUCCCUUCCCAGCCUGCCGCUACCCACCGGCCUGUUGCUUCCCAACCACCACUACCAGGUGCCCAGAGAAGAAGGCGCAGAACUCCUGCAGUUGCUCACUCCAAAGACCUGGAGGUUCUCGCCCAAGCUCAGGUCACACAAGUGGAUAUGCAGUGCAGCCUGGAUGCUCUCGUCAUGAUCCAGAGGGAGCAAGGGGAGGCACUGCAGAGGUUGGUGCAGGCCAUUGAGCAGAUGGCUGCAACGCAGCAGCAGGUUCUGGAGAACAUGGCAGCAGCACAGAGAGGCAUGAUGGCCUCUCUGCAGGAGUUUGUAGCUCUUGCUAUGGAACUCCUGAAAAAAAAAAAAGUUUCCUGUCAGUUGUCUUCUACAAUCACCUUUUCUCUGUAACUGUCUUCAACCAUUAAAAUCUCUUUGCAUUGUUGCUUCGCUCUCCAUUUUCUAAUUAUUUUCAUGCUUACUGCUCUUCUGAACUUGCUAACUGCAUGCCUCCCUUAUUCCUUAAUCUUCACACCAUGUCUUUCUACUCAAGCUCACCCCUAUACUGUAUAAAACCACUUAUGUACCUGUAUUAAUUCUUCCCUUUCACUGGUUAACUCUGGAACAGCCUAUCUGAACCUGUAUUUCCUUCAGCCUAUUACUUAGUGCCUUCAAGAAGGGAGUAUUGAGGCACCU